GGGUCUUCACCUCGCGGAGUUCCAAGCGACUUGUGCUGGUGGCCCUACUGCUGGUCAGGCAGCGAUAGUUGCCAUUUUGCUCGUCACUAGUUGUUGGCAUCCAGCCAUCUCCGCUUGUUAUCGAUAGUUACAGCUGGUGAGACUUCUGACGCAACAGAGGUUACUCACCGGUCUUAUUUAGACACAGGCUCAUUCCUCCUUCCAGGCUCUUCAGUCACUGCCUGAUCAACAGUGCGAGCCGUGAGACCUGACUCGUUGACAAACGCUCCUUUGUAAAAAUCACCUUGUCUCGACGACAUCACACUCCUUUUAUUUCACUGAAUAUACCCCCAUUACCUGCUAUCCACGAUCAAGAUGCAGCUCAGCCAUGUUUCACUUCUCGGCGCCGCCUCUGCUGUCUCCGCCUACACCAUGCCCGAGCUCGCUCGUCGUGGCGGCUCGAUCUCAGUCACUCCCCACGACCGCUACUCUUCCUCGGUCGGCGUUCUUGGCUGCAAGAUCAAUACUAACCGCGUCGCUUACUGGCCUUCGUCCGUGUCUUGUGAUAACCUCUGCGUUAGGGUGACCGCUAAUGGCCGUUCAGUGACCCUAUUGAAGAUCGACCAGUCUGGCGGCGCCUAUGAUAUCUCCUAUGACGCAUGGAACUACCUCGUUACCGGGCAGGGUGCGAAGCAGAAUCCGGUCUACGGCGGCGGCGUCAGCGCGACCUGGGAGGAUGUCCCUAUGUCGCAGUGUGCUGAUCUUUUGUCCGUCGCCGGCGGCAAGCUACCUCUGGCGGCGGCAAACGCUAUGAACUACGUCGCCAGCUGUACUAGCAACACCUGGGUAGCAAAUAACUAUGCCUUGUAUAACAUCCUCGACCCAGCUUGCAAGUGGGGCUACGAUGAGCUCUGCACUCUUCCUCCGCCCACCGUUAGUAACCAGCCGUCUUGCCAGCAUCAGCUUGGUGUUCCAGUCACGUUCAUCGGUCAGGGCUUCAAGAACAUCGACUAUGGUACUGGCAAGGAAUCGCCUCCUUAAGACAAGUCAAGCAUUUCUUGCUGAUCGCAGUGUCAAGACCUGGCUUUCCUCUUGGCCCUGAUGACCUCGUGUCGCCUUUCGACCGCAGAUUUCCUCAUCACUCCCCGCUUUAUCUCUGGUCUUGGCUAUGUUGAUUUGCUCUGUGGAGCGGUGGUCGUACUGAGACACAAACAA